AGUAGGCAGGCGUAUAUAAAUAGAUAGAAAGGUGUCUCAAGAUAAGACGAAUCCUUCGACUGGAAAGCAACACUAUGAGUCACGCUUAUCCUCGACUACUAUCUUUCAAUAUCCCAAACCCCAUAUUUGAACACUCAAUAUCCCUAUACAAACACCCAUACCUUGUCCUGAGUAUAACAUAGCAUAGCAUACCCAUCACCAUGCCCCUCACCAUCCGCCCCGUCACAAACAACGACGCCCCCAAACUCGCCCACAUCAUGUGCGAAGCAUUCAACUCAAACACCAUCCACACAGCCAUGUUCCCAACCGAAAACAAACCCGCACUGGAGACAUUCUUCACCGAGAAAGAAUUACACAACAUCAACUCCCCGAAACAUACUGUUCUCGCUUUAUGCGAUGAUACCUUGGAUGAUGGUGGUGGUGAGAUUGUCGCGUAUAUCACCUGGGUGACGCCUUUGAAGCAUCUCGUUCUUGAUAGUAACCAGACUGGUGAAAACGUCCAGCAGCAACAUGUUUCUGGGGGUCUUGCGCCUCCGCCUGGUACGAAUCAGGCGUUGAGUGAUCAGAUGCGUGAUUCGAGGAAUGAGAUGAAGGCGAGAUAUUAUAGGGCUAAGGAGGAUUAUUUGCUUUCGUUGAUUGCUACGCAUCCAGAUCACCGAAAUCGCGGUUGUGGUUCUCUACUUCUCAAGGCGUGCAUUGAGGCAGCUGAGAAAGUAAAUGCGCGAAUCUAUCUCCAUGCAUCUGAAGAGGCAUAUAGUCUUUACAGAAAGCAUGGAUGGAAUGAAGUGGACCGAUUUGUGUUGAAUGUUGGCGAUGAUCUGGAUGCCACUAUGUUUGCAAUGAUCCGAGAUUCGGCAUCUACUACUUCUGUAUAGGAAGUGCCGGUGUAAGAACUGUAAUCAAAAAUCAAUAAAUGCGCUGGAAAUGCAACGUUGUACA